ACUUUAAUUUUGACGUUUUACAAGUAUUAACUAGUUUGAAUUUAGCACGUGUAAAGUGUAUUAUAAUAAAUUUUAUUAAUACGUUUAGGAGGUGCUAAUUUAAAUACAUAUAAGUUGGUGUCCCACUCAUUUUGAAAUCUUGGAUUUUUCUGCAAAUCGUGUUUAAUCCUUCUUAUUGUGAGAAAAUAACCAUAUCGAAAUAUAAGAUGUCUGUAAAAAGUAGUCGUCGUAGCUCUAGCAAGUCAUCCACACCUUCCUCAAUAUUGAAAACGCCUAUGACCCUAAGAAGCCGUAUCAGUGCAAUUGAAAACACUCCCUCAAAGGUCCGAUUUGUCUUACCUCACUCACAAAAGGUAAGAUCUAUUCUUGAAGAAUUUUCUGCACAAGGAUCUUCCAGGGAGUAUGAACAGCUGAUUAUAAUGAUCAGAGAUGCUACACUAACAAACAGUGAUAUUUCGGCUCUAUUGAAAGAAGCUACAGAAUGUAUAACACUUCUAAAUCAAAAUCUAAGAUUAUUUGUGGAGGCCUUAGUUUCUGUAGAAUGGAUUGACAAAAAUGAGAAUGUGGUAUCAGAAUAUAGAGCUUUCAUAGUGGAUCUAUUGGCUGCUCAUAAUUAUCACGCUAAGAUGGUUAUAGAUAAGUUGGUUAGAUUGUUUUUACCAAGUCCCACUGAACCUGAUUGGCCUGAUGGAAUACCUACAGCAGAAGACUGUGGAAAAUAUUUAAAUCUACACACUCUAUUUAAUGUAUUAUUAGCUAUAGUUCCCAUGUGUAAAGAAUUAUUUUAUUCUUCUGUAUGUAACCAAUUUCCAUAUUAUAAUAAACCUACACAUGCACAUGAAUUGUAUAUUCAUAAUCUAUUGUGGAUACUAGAAUAUCAACCAACACUAAGGCCUGAAAUACUGAGACUUAUCUUUUCAAAAUUAGUCAUAAUGGAUGUAAAUGCACCAAAAGAAGAAAUAGAAAAAUAUCUGAAUUCUCAACAAGAUGAAGAUAUAUUUUCCAUGGACGAUGAUUCCAAGUCUAUUAGAACAACAACCACAGCCUUCACAAAUGUCGAUAGAAUGGCACUAGGACACACUCUAGAUGUAUGUUUAGAUAAAAUGUUCAAUUAUGUAAUAAACGAAUGCCAUAAUUCAGAAGGCUUAAAUUGGGAGAGUACGAAAAAGUUGUAUUUGGACAUGUUGCCCAUAUUUGACGAUGUAAUUUUGAAAACUUACAGCCUUCAUCAUGUACAGUAUGUGAUGUUUUUGAUGAGCAGUUUCAAAACGACGUUAGCUGAAGCUUUUUUGAAUUAUUUAUGGAAGAAAGUGUGCAAUCUGAAUGUUGCUCCGAUUUUAAGACAAGCCGCAGUUAAUUAUAUUGCUAGUUUGAUAGCGAGAGGAAGUUUUGUUCCAUUAGGAAUGAUAAAAGGAACGAUGCAGCAAUUAGCAGAAUGGAUUCAUAGUUAUAUAUCGGCACAAGACGGUUUGGAGUAUGUCAAUUCAGACCUUAGGGUUCAUUCGGUGUUUUACAGCGUCUGCCAAGCACUUUUUUACAUUGUGGCCUUUAGAUACAAAGAUCUCGUACAUAGUAAGAAAAAUAUAAUCUUUUUGGAAAGCCUUAACAUGUCAAAAAUGGUAACGUCCCGCCUAAAUCCGUUGAAGGUAUGUCAACCGGCGGUAGUCCAAAAUUUUGCAGCAGUCACUAGAAAAUAUCAAAUAGCCUACUGUUACACUGUAAUGGAACACAACUCGAGGAAUGUCCUGCCUACCAUAUACCAGGACGAAAAAGGAACCAUUGUUGUUUCCAAUAACGUACUAGAUGCUUAUUAUCCUUUUGAUCCAUAUUUACUUGUAAGAUCUGGCGCAAAAAUCAGGUCGAUAUAUAAAGAGUACGAAGAAACUAAUGAAGAAAUGGAAGAAAUCGAUAUGAAAGAGACUGAAGCCGAUGAUUUUUUAUUCAAUGAGAGUGGAGGUUCGGGAAAAAACAAGUCACAUCAGUUUUCUUAUGGCAGCUCGCCCGGUUUUAAAUUUAAAUAGGAAAGUUCUUUCACUUUUGAAUGAAGAUCAUGAUAAGAAUCUGUUACAGAGACGUGAUUUGUGAGGUUUCCUGACUGUGGUAUUCUCUUUAGCGUGUAAAGAGUGGAGUAGAAGUUGUUAAGAUGUAUAAUGCAACUAAAUGUUUAUUUAUUUUAUUAUUAUUAAUUUUUUUUUUGAUUGUUCAUGUUUCGUUUG